AUGGCGUCUCCUGAUCUGAGAGCUGAGCUGGAAUGUUCUGUCUGUCUGAACUUUUACACAGAUGCCGUAACUCUGAGAUGUGGACACAACUACUGCCGGGUGUGUAUUGAUUGUGUUCUGGAUACACAGGAGGGGUGCGGAGGUUUUUCCUGUCCGGAAUGUAGAGAGAGGUUUAAGGCUCGGCCUGCACUGCAGAGGAACAUAAAACUAUGUAACAUAGUGGAGAAUUUCCUGUCCGCUCAGCCAGAUCUGGAGGAGUCCCGGGUCUUUUGUACUUAUUGUGUGGACUCUCCUGUACCUGCUGUUAAGUCCUGUCUGCUGUGUGAAGCUUCUCUGUGUGAUAAACACCUAAAAGUUCACAAUAAGUCACCAGAACACGUCUUAUGUGACCCCACCACUUCCCUGGAGAACAGGAAAUGUUCCAUCCAUAAGGAAACCUUUAAAUAUUACUGCAUUGAGGACUCCACCUGUAUCUGUGUGUCCUGCUGUCUGAUCGGAGAACACAAAGGACAUGAGAUGGUGUCACUAGAGGAGGCCUCUGAGAAAAGAAAGAAAAAAUUGAAAAAUGUUCUACGGAAAAUAAUAACAGAAAGAGAGAAGACGGAGAAAAAAGUCCGGAGUUUCAGGGAACACGGGAGAAAAGUGCAAGAACAAGCAGAUGGGGAAACUAGGAGAGCCACUGCCCUGUUCAUAGAGCUGAGGAGACGUCUGGAAGAUCUGGAGAAGAGAGUUCUGAGCAAUAUCUCCGGGCAGAAAGCGCAGAUCUCAUCAUCCCUGUCUGAUCUAAUUCAACUGCUGGAAACAAAGAAGGACGAGCUGUCCACGAAGAUGCGUCACAUUGAGGAGCUGUGUAACAUGACGGAUCCAUUGACUGUCCUACAUAAAUCGGGCACAGAUGACUUGUGUGAUACUGAGGAGGAAGAUAAUGAGGACAGAGAGAGAGAUGAUACACUCCUCAAUGAUGGAAAGGAUCUGGAUGUGUUUCGGCUCUCACACACAUUACACACAGGUUUAUCUGAUAUAAUAACAUGGAUUAAUGAAGGGAUCCAUAUACCAGAACCUGCAGACAUAUCACUGGAUGUAAACACCGCUUCUAAUAAUUUCCAAAUAUCAGAUGAUAGGAAAGUUGCAUCCUGGUCAGAAAAUAGCCAGAAUCGCCCAGAAACACCAGAAAGAUUUAAUGACUGUGCUCAGGUGAUAAGCUGUCAGAGAUUCUCCUCAGGGCGACAUUACUGGGAUGUGAAUGUUGGGCGAUCACGUAGAUGGCGAAUCGGGGUGUGUUACCCCAGUAUGGACAGGAGAGGCGAGCAGUCACGGAUUGGAAAUAAUAAUAAGUCCUGGGUAAUAGGAGUACAAUCUGAUUUAUUUUCUAGUUUCAAACGGAUGUUUGAAAAGCGUUUUGGUAAGAUGUUAGUGAUACAUGACAGUAAAAAGAUCCCAUUACCUGCUGAAAUAUCCACUGAGAGAGUCAGGAUAUAUCUGGAUUAUGAGGCCGGGCGGAUCUCCUUAUAUGAUCUGUCUGACCCGAUCCGACACCUCCACACCUUCACCGCCACCUUCACCGAGCCCCUUCAUGCGGCUUUAUCAGUAGAUUAUGGCUGUAUAAAGAUAUCUGGGGGGGAUAUUGGGAGAUGUGAGAAAUCCACUCAGAGGUUGGUGACCUCAUAG